AUGAGGAGCCUCCGCUCUUUGCUGUACUUCCUCCUGCUGCCACUGAGUGCCUGCUUUCCCCUGCUGGACAGAACAGGACCCACAGAUGUCGGUGACAUCGGAACCAGGAUGAGCUGGGCCCACCUGGCUGAGGGACACAGACCCCACUCAGUGCAAGAUCCUUCCCAGUGGCCGAGAGUACCGCAGCCACAGGGCCUGCUUGUGGUGGCCAAGGAGCUGCGGGCCUCACGCAGGGAGCACACCGGCUUCCGCCUAGGGAGGCAAGAUGGCGGCAGCGAGGCUACUGGGUUCCUGCCUACUGACUCUGAGAAGGCCAGCGGCCCCCUGGGGACUCUGGCAGAGGAGCUUAGCAGCUACAGUAGGAGGAAAGGGGGCUUCAGCUUCCGCUUUGGCCGGUGAGAGCC